CACACACACACACACACACACACACACACCUUGUCAGUAGGGCCGAGGGCCAUUACCUGUAGAGUCCGAGCCAAGCACGUUGGUCAUGCCCUUAUGCAUGCAUGUUACUUCUUUCAUAUAGUAUUAGUAGCUGAUUAAGUUUGGCUAUAAAACGAACCCAGCUUAGCUGCCAUGAGCGGCAUUCAAUCACCACCAGAACAUUAGCAUCACCAUCAAAUGGCUGGUCACACCAUCAUGUUCUCCACUUGUAGGUGUUCGUCAUUAGCGCUAUGUGUGCUCCUUGCCACCUGCAGCUUCCUGAUGCUUGCCGGCUGCUCUUCUGAGUCGUUGACAACAAGCAGUGAGCACUCGGACAUCGGCAUCGACAAGCACCAUGACCUGAUGAUGGCCCGUUUCCACGUCUGGAUGACUGUGCAGAACAGAUCCUACCCCACCUCUAGUGAGAAGGCUCACCGCUUCAAGGUAUACAGGAGCAACAUGAGGUACAUAGAGGCCCUGAAUGCCGAGGCGACCACCUCGGGGUUCACCUACGAGCUUGGGGAGGGUCCCUUCACCGACCUUACCGAUGAAGAGUUCAUCUCGCUUUAUACCGGGAAGAUUCCGGACGAUGACCAUAGAGAAGAUGGUGUCCAUGAUGAGCAGAUUAUCACCACCCAUGCUGGGUCUGUCAAUGGCGCCGAGGGUGUCACCGUGUACGCCAACUUCUCGGCCGGGGCGCCGAUUAGGAUGGACUGGAGGAAGAGAGGCGCGGUCACCCCCGUUAAAGACCAAGGGAAGUGUGGAUCUUGCUGGGCCUUCCCGACGGUCGCUACUAUUGAAGGAAUACACAAGAUCAAGAGAGGGAGACUGGUGUCUCUGUCAGAGCAACAACUGGUAGACUGUGACUUCCUUGAUGGCGGUUGCAAUGGUGGUUGGCCUAGAAAUGCUUUCCAGUGGAUCAUACAGAAUGGAGGGAUCACCACUACAUCCUCCUACACAUACAAGGCAGCCGAAGGUCAGUGCAAAGGGAACCGAAAGCCGGCUGCAAAGAUCACUGGCUACAGAAAAGUCAAGAGCAACAGCGAAGUGUCCAUGGUGAAUAUCGUGGCUAACCAACCUAUAGCAGCUUCCAUUGUGGUACAUGGUGGCCAAUUCCAGCACUACAAGGGAGGCAUCUACAACGGACCUUGUGCUACCAGUAAGUUGAACCAUGUCAUCACCAUAGUAGGCUAUGGGCAACAGGCCUAUGGAGCCAAGUACUGGAUAGUGAAGAACUCAUGGGGGGCGGCAUGGGGCAACAAAGGCUAUAUGCUAAUGAAGAGGGGGACGAAGAAUCCAUUAGGACAGUGUGGCAUUGCGGUGCGCCCGAUCUUUCCCCUUAUGAAUGGUGGAAGAUCGACUGAUUAAGACACACUUGCUUCAUAUCCAGAUCCAUCCACUUUACUUUGCUGAAGUUUUGUAAUAUUGAUUGGCCUCCAAGUGCACAAAUCCUACGUACUACGUGGCAUGCAUGUGCUACUAUAGGCCUGGUGUGUACUCUGUUUUCAAAAUAAGGAUCUGUACUGUGUUUGUAACUUUGGUUUAUUUUAUUUGAUGGUUCAUAGCUCAACGAUAUAAA